GUUUGGUGUCCAGAUCCAUGGCUGAUGGAGAACUGCUCCUGUGGAACACGUCUGAUUCUUCCCCUGUCAAUUCUACUCUGCAUGGAGAACUGACAGAUAGGCUGAGAGUGAGUAUCAUUUCUAAAGACUUAUAUUUAGAGAUCAUCAAAGUUUCUCAGUCAGACACUGGACGUUACAGGAUUGAAUGCAGGACAGGCAGCAAAGUGACAUACCAGAAGAACUUUACUCUCACAGUCUGCGAUUGGAAUUCUAAGGGCUUAUUUGUAAAUGGCAUAAACGCUGAGCUGCCAUGUGAUAUUGCAGUAGAAUCAGGCCUCAGCCCAACUAUCACCUGGUUCAGGUUAACACGAGGAACGUGGAGGACAGUGUUUGUGGAUGGGAGUAAAACCCUGAACUCAGGGAUGAAAGACCUUCAGGGCCGAGUUCAGGUGACACAGAACAACUCUCUUCUGAUCUCCAACUACACCAACGCGGACGGCUUCUACUUCUGUGUGGCCCUGGAGGAGAAGAAAUGUGGCAGUGUUGUCGAAGGUUUAACAGACAUGCCGUUUUAUUAUUUCCGUUUCGAGAAACAGGAUAUCACACUGCCUUGUGUUAGUUUCACUGUUGACCCUGCAGGGACUUUUUGGAGCACACCUUACGGGACAAUUAAAGCAGACAUUCCAUCCAAGAGCCCCCCUGACACCUCCAGCCCCAGGCCCCAGAAAAGAGGGGAGAUGUACAUGAUGGAUGGAAGAGAGAACAAAAACUACUCCUUGGUCAUCCCAUCACUGGAGCUCAACCACUCAGGAAGAGGGGUCAGAGGUCAGUCUCAGCUGUGACCCAGACUCAGUGGAUGGAUACGUUGUGUGGGUCAGAAACACCGAUAAACAUAUUAUACUAGAAUCAGAUUUUCUCAAAAUUAAGAACUUGGACCAGAGAUACAAUGUUUCUCUCAGUUUCACCUCUUUGACAAUAUAUAACCUCUCCCAAGAGGACAGUGGGGAGUACUGGUGUGUGAGAUACACAGACAGAGGUAACGAUACUUUAGUAUGUGAAUCUUUAGCCAAGACUAACUUAGUCUAUCAGGGGAAACACUCUCUUGGCUCUGUGUUCCAUGCAGUGAGAGAUGCAGUGGGGAGCUGUGCUGUCGUUGGAACAGUCUGUGCUGUGGUCACUGUCAUUCUGAGGAGCUGGAGAAGAGACCGGGACUCACUAUAGACC